UCGAACCAGAGUUCAUUCUAUCCAACUCAGUUCCACUUACAUCUUCCAAACAAAACAAAAACACAGCACCUCUUUCAGUUCUGAGUUUUAGAAUCUACGCACUCAAAAAUAAUAUUUAUAUACUAUUUAAUUUAACAAAUAAGAAAGUAAAGUAUAAACAAUUCUUUUUUAUUGGUUUUUCUCGGGGAUGGAGAACUCGUACGAGUUGGCAGCAGCAGGCAAGUGGUCUGAUUCAACAAGUCCAUAUAACAUGGUCUCAUGGUCAUUAUUACAACCUGAUUCCUCAGAUACUGAUCUUAGCCGCUUUAACCUUGGUUCCUCUGAUGAAUUCGUCGGUGGGAACGACAAGGCUGAGUUGGUUUCAAGAAGCCACCGUCAAGCGGAGAAGAGACGCCGUGACCGUAUUAAUUCUCACCUCUCCGCGCUCCGGAAACUCGUCCCUGAUUCCGACAAGUUAGACAAAGCAGCUCUCUUAGAAAGAGUGAUUGAACAAGUGAAGGAGCUCAAACAAAACGCAAAAGAAUCUCCAAUCUUCCAAGAUCUUCCAACAGAAGCAGAUGAAGUGAUCGUCCUGCCUGAAACAAUCUCCAAUGACUUUAAACCAGACACAAUCCUCUUCAAAACUUCCUUCUGCUGUCCAGAUCAAACCGAAGCAAUACCAGAGAUCGUAGGGGUUCUCACAAAGUUUCAACUCGAGACAAUACGAGCUGAGAUUCUCUGUGUUGGAGGAAGAAUGAGAAUCAAUUUCAUCUUAAAAGAGACAGCAACUACUGCAUCAGUAAAAGAUUUGAAGCAAUCUCUAUGCGCAGCUUUGAACCGAAUCACAUCUUUGUCUUCUUCGUCUAAUUCAUCGGUUUGUAGGAUUAGAAGCAAAAGACAGAGAUGGUUCCUUUCUUCUAACUACUCACAAUGAUAAAAAUAAAUUAAAAAAAUCACAAAACCAUCUUUACUACUCUAUAAUAUACAUAGGAGAACACAAACCCAUUUG